AUGACGUCCAUUGCAGACCUCUUACUAAAAGCUCGUGAGCUACACUCAGUUUUGGGCCCAGUGUCCUCUACAAGGCAGUUUUCUGUUCCACCACCACCCCCACGCCAAAACCUCCGCUGCUUUAACUGUUCAGCCCCUGGUGUCACAGCUAGAAACUGCCAGAACUGUGCAGAAAGACAACAUUACAGGGAGAAAGCUCAGGAGCAUCUUGACACUGGUUUAGCAGAUAGAGCCACAGAAGCAGUUGAAAGGAGCGUGAAACAAGAUUCAGGGUCCUGCCCCCGUAAUUACCAAAGAAACAAUCUUAAUCAGACGAACCAGGCUAGCACAGCUGACAAACAUCCCCCUGACAUCCCACCCACAGUCAAGCUAAUGCAGCGCAGUCAGAAGAAACCAGUUACCUGUGACGUGAGCAUCAACAAUGUUCAUGUGGUGGCGGUUGUGGACACAGGAGCCUCCUUGUCAGCUCUUCGCUCCUCCACUCUUGUUGACUGUGAUAUUAGAGGUGAUUAUGUGAUGCCGUAUAGCUUCAGUGACAUUGAACUUGCAGACUCAACAAGCUGUACCCCAACAGGCAUUGUCUCGCUGUCAUUUCAGCUGCUGGGGCAGACCUUUACUCAUCCAUUUGCUGUGGUCCCUAACCUUUCCUGCCCACUUCUGCUUGCUACUGACUUCAUGAUUCCUGCUGAUGUUCAUGUUCACCCAGCCACAAAUGGAGUGUGGUUGGGAGGAAAAUUGUCACCAACCCCUGAUCUUUGCUGUGGUGAUCAAAAGGAACUGGAGGGUCAAAUCACGUGCAUGUGGGUAAAAGACUCUAUAGUUGACUUUCAAGGCAAGCUGCAGAGGCACAACAAGACACUGACAGAGCAAAAUGCCCAGCGGCCCAGGAGAUAUGAAAAUCAGCAGAGGGAGAGGGACUUUCUGCUGAAGGAUGCCACAGAGUCCAGCCACAAGUGUGAGAUGAUGAAGGAGCAGGAAACACAGCUCAAACAACAGCUCUCAAUGUACGUGGACAAGUUUGAGGAGUUUCAGAGCACCCUGGCAAAGAGCUAUGAGGUCUUCACCACUUUCAGAUGGGAGAUGGGGAAAAUGACCAAGAAGAUUAAGAGGCUGGAGAGGAAAACAACGCAGUGGAGGACAAAAUGGGAGAACAACAACCAGGCUUUGCUGCAGAUGGCUGAGGAGAAGUCUCUGCGCGAUAGCCACUUCAAGGCUAUGCAGGGAAAGCUGGAGCUGCUGGAGCGGCUGUGCCUAACGCUGCGGAUGGAGAGGAAUGACCUCAAUAGCCGCCUCAGCCUCCUACAGGAACAAGGAGACAAAGGGACCAUGGCAGCCUCUGAGCCAGGAGGGUCUGUGGAAUUGGAGAAGUACAGGUUCGACUUCCUGUUCAGUGACCCUUAUCAGUCCCCUGAGGGUUCGAUGGCAAUGCCUUUUGGACAUUCACACUCAGUACCUCACUCUCAUACCCCACGUUACUUUCUUCGCCCUAGACACAAGCCUCAAGUAGCUCUGGGUUAGUAGGUCUAUAGUUGGACCUACCUUUUAGGCCACAGGGUCUAGUUUUUCUGUUUUUUUCCAACAAAGCUCUAAGUUUUCAUUGGGGUUUAGGAUGAUUUAUCUGGGUGUUCUAAAUCCUGAUAUUUAUGUGUUAACCUCAUUGUUUGCUCACAGUUUCUUUGUGAUGUUCAUUUGUUACACAAGUUCUCUAUGAGAAGAAAAAACUGAAAACUGUCUAUGCAGAGUAAUCUGCAGGAUGUGAUGCAUUUGAUGUACAUGUCAUUUUCUUGUUUA